AUGCGCUCCCCUCGCGCGACGCGGUCCCGGGCGCUUAGGUUGGGCAUUUCUCCUCCGGUUUGUAUCUGCAGGCUCCGUGACAUCUUUUACGACAAGGACGGGGUGGAGGAGGCUUAUGUGCAGAAAAUGGUAAAAGUAUGCAAUGAUUCAGACCGAUGGAGUCUCAUCUCCCUGUCCAACAACAGUGGCAAAAACGUGGAGCUGAAAUUUGUGGACUCUCUGAGGCGGCAGUUUGAAUUCAGCGUCGAUUCCUUUCAAAUCAAGCUGGACUCCCUGCUGCUUUUUUAUGAGUGCUCAGAGAAUCCGAUGACUGAAACUUUUCACCCGACUAUCAUUGGUGAGAGCGUCUAUGGGGAUUUCCAGGAAGCCUUUGAUCACCUCUGCAACAAGAUAAUUGCCACCAGAAACCCAGAAGAGAUCAGAGGAGGUGGUCUUCUGAAGUACUGCAACCUUUUGGUAAGGGGCUUUAGGGCUGCCUCCGAAUCCGAGAUUAAGUCCCUGCAGAGAUACAUGUGCUCGAGGUUUUUCAUUGACUUCUCAGACAUCGGAGAACAGCAGAGGAAGCUGGAGUCCUACUUGCAGAACCACUUUGUGGGAUUAGAGGACCGCAAGUAUGACUAUCUCAUGACCCUUCACGGUGUGGUGAAUGAGAGCACAGUGUGCCUGAUGGGGCAUGAGAGGAGACAGACUCUGAAUCUGAUCACCAUGCUGGCCAUCCGGGUCCUGGCCGAGCAAAAUAUCAUCCCCAAUGUGGCCAAUGUCACCUGCUACUACCAGCCAGCCCCGUACGUAGCAGAUGCCAACUUCAGCAAUUACUAUAUUGCCCAGGUUCAGACGGUGUUCCCUUGCCAGCAGCACACGUACUCUACCUGGCUGCCCUGUAAUUAAGGACCGCAAUUAGUAGACCCGAUGGGGAGAACGUUUGCUGAGACGUAGGAAGGGGCGACGCGUCCCCUUGAAAUGGGGCGUUUUGUGCAAUGAUGAUCUGCUCUAGUUUUCAAGCUUGGGAGAAAGCUUGUGGUUCUUCUAAUACACAACUGCAGCAUGAUCGAGAAAGAACCCCAAAAUAAUUGGAUCCUACCCCAGAGCACAAGAGGCCUGUCAUUAAAAGCAACCAGCUUCCCCUGAAAUAAGCGAGGGAGGAAUGCUUGAUGACAAUAUGGGUUGGCAGUACCUGCUCCCGUAGCUUUGGCAUAGAGAAGGUGGGAAAGCCUUUUUUUCUUUUAUUUCUAUUCUUACUCUAGAAUGGGAUCUGCAAAAGGGAGAAUAUGAAAGAAACAAAACAAACAAAAAAACAACAAAAAAGAAAAAAAUUCACAAAAAAACAGUGCUCUAUAUAUAUUCAGGAAUUAAAAGUUAGAGGCGUAAAGCAGAGAUAAGCUGAAUAAAAAUGUAUAUUGGAAUUACUGCAUUUGGGGCUUGCAGCAAGUGCCGUCUAUGAAUUGACCGUGUAGAAUGUAUAGCUUGCUUGACUAGAAUGCUUUACCGGGAACAGCUUGCUCCAAAUGAACAGUAGUGGAUUGGUACAGUUAUAAAAACAGAAACACGUAAGAUGACAAAGUCCAUUCUUUCCAGCUGUGUGCAUGUCUCACAUUUUAAAAAUGUGAGAAUGCAGGAAAACCAGCUGCGGCAAACAGAACAUACUCAAGGACCAAAGAUUUCACAGAUAAGUUAUCCGAGCAAAGAAGAGACAGUAGAGUAUAUAUAUAUAUAAAAGAAAGAUGUUGCUAUAUUUGUACACACCAACAGUAAUCAAAAGUGCCUGAUGCCUUCAUAAAAUUUGAAGUGAGAAAAAAAAUAUAGUUUUGUGGUUUAACCAUGCAUUUUGUUUUAUCAGGGACACAAGGAUUAAAAACAAAAAAAACCCAUAAGCUUGUGAAUAAGUGGUGGAGGAGAUGCCCUAUUUUUUUUUUUUCUUGGCAAAUACCUGUAUAGAGUUAAUGUUAUGUCGGUGUGCUAUUAUCCUAGGUACGUGUGUGUAUGUGUGUAUAUAUGUUUGUGUGUGUAUAUAUGUACAAGUUAUAGGUGUAUAUCUAUAUAUAUACACACACAAUAUAUAUUAAUGUGGUCUAGGAAAAUGUAGCAAUUAAGGAAUGUUUAAAUAAAGUACUAUGUGUUUUCCAGUUUGCAGCAGGUUGUCAUAGGACAGUGGGCCUUGCAGUGAAUUUUGAACCCACAUCUGAGAAAUUUGGAGUAAAUGAACCAGUCAGGAUUGAGGUGGGAUUCAGAUAAUGUCUUUGGUUGCAAGAACAAGGAUUACAGUAAUUCAGUGGGUUGCUUGUGAGCCAUAAUAAUUCCACAGAUGGAGAAACAUAUGACUAGCUGAUUUUUUUUUUUUGAACUAUUUUGUACUGUAAUGCCAUUUUGACAUUUAACCCACUAAUGUUGUGACUGCAUACCUCCAUGAUGUGUAAUUCAGUGGAACGUGGAUCAAAGAUAGGUUUAUUGAAACCCCCUGACAGCUAAAGGAUAUUGUAUUAGUUGGUGAUCUGAACACUAAUUGUUAAUAUUUAAAGGAGUAUUUUUAAUAGAAUGCGUUAUGCAUUCCAGGACCACUAGAAUUUAGCAAAUGUGAAAUGAACCCUUUUUAAGAGUGUUGCACGAUUGCUUAAAAUUAUAUUUUAUAUAUAUAUUAUAUAUAUAUAUUUUUAUGCAAAUAUUAAACAUCUUUGAUCUGGUUGUCACACAGCA